GUGAGUCAGUGUCUGCCCACCCGGCCGGCCCAGGCCCGCGCCCGCCGCGGCCCCUAGAGGCCCCGGCCCCGGCCCGGCGGCGGCGGCCAUGGCCGGGGGGCCGGGCCCAGAGGACCCCGCGGCCCCUGGAGCCCAGCACUUCUUGUACGAGGUGCCGCCCUGGGUCAUGUGCCGCUUCUACAAAGUGAUGGAUGCCCUGGAGCCCUCCGACUGGUGCCAGUUUGCGGCCCUGAUCGUCCGCGACCAGACCGAGCUGCGGCUGUGCGAGCGCUCCGGGCAGCGCACGGCUAGCGUCCUGUGGCCCUGGAUCAACCGCAACGCCCGCGUGGCCGACCUUGUUCGCAUCCUCACGCACCUGCAGCUGCUCCGCGCGCGGGACAUCAUCACAGGCUGGCAGCCUCCCACUCCACUUCCACCCCCCAGCACCACUGCGCCGAGGCCCAGCUGCAUCUCUGCAGCCACCGAGGCCGAGGCCCCCAGCCUCCGGAAGUUGCAGUCGUCAGCCUCCACCCUCCUCUCCCCAGCUUUUCCAGGCUCCCAGACGCAUUCUGGGCCUGAGCUCCACCCUGUUCCAAGUCCUGCUGCCCUCCUGCCACCACCAUCUCCAGUCCUUUCCUUUACCAAGCCAAGCUCGGAGAGCCAGGUGUCCCUCCUGCAGGGGGCCCACCCUUCUCCAUUCUGCUGGCCCCUCCAUGAGAUUGUCCAAGGCACCCACAACUUCUCAGAGCAGCUGAAGAUUGGGGAGGGUGGCUUCGGGUGCGUGUACCAGGCUGUGAUGAGGAACACGGUGUAUGCUGUGAAGAGGCUGAAGGAGGAGGCAGACCUGGAGUGGAGCACAGUGAAGCAGAGCUUCCUGACUGAAGUGGCACAGCUGUCACGAUUUCGUCACCCAAACAUCGUGGAUUUUGCUGGCUACUGUGCUCAGAGUGGCUUCUACUGCCUCGUCUAUGGCUUUCUGCCCAACGGCUCUUUGGAAGACCGCCUCCACUCACAGACCACUCAGGCCGGCACCCCUCUCUCCUGGCCUCAGCGACUGGACAUCCUUCUGGGCACAGCCCGGGCAAUUCAGUUUUUACAUCAGGACAGCCCCAGCCUCAUCCAUGGGGAUGUCAAGAGUUCCAAUGUCCUUCUGGACGAGAGGCUGAUGCCCAAACUGGGGGACUUUGGCCUGGCCCGUCUCAGCCGUUUCGUAGGGGCCAAUCCUGGCCAGAGCAGCGCUGUGGCUUGGACUCGGACUGUGCGUGGCACCCUGGCCUACCUGCCCGAGGAGUACGUCAAGACAGGGAGGCUGGCUGUCGACACCGAUACCUUCAGCUUCGGUGUGGUAGUGCUGGAGACCCUGGUUGGCCAGAGGGCUGUGAGGACACAUGGUGCGCAGACCAAGUAUCUGAAAGACCUGGUUGAAGAGGAGGCCGAGGAGGCUGGGAUUGCCCUGAAAAGCACCCAGCCCACGCUCCCAGCAGGUCUGGCCGAAGGUGCCUGGGCUGCCCCGAUCUCCACCCAGAUCUAUAAGAAACACCUGGACCCCAGGCCUGGGCCGUGCCCACCUGAACUGGGACUGGCCCUGGGCCAGCUGGCUUGCUGCUGUCUGCACCGCCGGGCCAAGAGGAGACCCCCCAUGACCCAGGAUCGCUCCUGGGCAGCUCCGCGCCAUCACAGCCACCACAGAUUGUCAUCAACCCGGCCCGGCAAAAAAUGGUGCAGAAGCUGGCCUUGUAUGAGGACGGGGUCCUGGACAGCCUGCAGCUGCUCUCCUCUGGCUCUCUCCCAGGCUUGGGCCUGGAACACCAGAACAGGCAGGGCCCUGAAGAGAGUGACGAAUUUCAGAGCUGAUCUGUGCACCUGGCAGAUGCCCCCAAACCUGGAAGUCAAAGUUCUCAUGGUUGGAAGUUCUCAAGGCGCAGGAACUCUCGGCAGCCUGCAGGGGGUGGGGGUGGGCCCCUCCUCCCAAGGAAGAGCAGUGGUGGCCCCUGCUGAUGUAGGGAUGUGGGCACAGGACUGGGAGCCACCUGUGCCAGCUGCUGGGAGCCAUCAGGGCGGGACAUCUCAAAGUCCUGCCUCUGAAAGCUGAUGGUGCAGGAGGGGUGGGGGGAGCGCAUGUCUGGAGGCAGAGUGGGAACAGUGCGAUAGAGCAGGGGGCUGGCUCCCCUGAGAGCUGGGCAGGACAGCCCUUAGCCUUUCUCUUUGGACUUGCCUGAAGCCCUAGGGCAAAGCAGCCACUCUGUAAAACAGCCAGGGCGCUCCCAGGCAGUUGUGAUUUGGAAAGAUGAGGUGUGGCUGUCCUAUGGUUCAGUCCAUGAGCUGGAAGUGAGAGUGCUGAGACACCCCAAAGGGUCCAGCAGUGUCCCCAUCAAGCCAGUGUCUGCAGAUUCCACUGGGGUCUUCGAGUUAGCCUCACGUGACUGCUGGCUAGGCUACCCCUAGGGGCUACAAAUGGGCGCCAAGUCACGUCAGGCUCCAGAGAGCACAGGUUCAGCCUCGGGCCCGGUCCCUGAUUAUGACAGGGACUGCUACCCAAGGUUCGGCUAGGCCCGAGCCCUGUAUUACCCAGAUAGUGAGAUGCCCCAAGAAGGUGAGAAGUUGGGAGCAAGGCGGAGGAGGAGGAAAAAAGAUGGAACUCACAUUUUCAAGAACAUGUCAUGUUUCAUGGAGCUGAAUGUCAGAAGUAGCCCGGGGCUGUAGCACAGGCUUACACUACAUGCUCCACAAAUCUAGGCAUUGAAGUUCAAGUUGUCCUGAAGUAAUAAAAGCUUAUGUUUUGA